AUGAGCUCUCUCGUCUUCGUGGUGUCCUCCCUCGAGGCCAUCCAUACUUCAAAGGAGGCCCAAAGGAACAAGCAGCUGGCUGAACUCGCCGAAACGGCCUUGCAAGCCAUCAAGGAAGGCGGGUCUCAACUACCCGACCCAGAUCUCGUCUUUGCGCCUCUGCAGCUGGCCACCAAGUCUGGCAGCAGCCAGCUGAGUAACACGGCUCUCGAUUGUCUGGGAAAGUUGAUUUCCUCGUCGUACUUCUCGGCCCCGUCGACCUCGGGCGCGACACCACAAACUGGCACCGAACAAGCCCCUUUAAUAGACCGAGCCAUUGACACAAUAUGCGACUGCUUCCAAGGUGAAACCACACCCGUCGAUGUUCAGCGCCACAUUGUGCAGGCCCUCUUGGCAGCUGUACUCAAUGACAAGAUUGUUGUUCAUGGCGCUGGCUUGCUCAAGGCUGUCCGCCAGGUCUACAACGUCUUCCUCCUAUCGAGAAGCACCGACACGCAGCAAGCUGCGCAGGGCACCUUGACGCAGAUGGUGGGCAUGGUCUUCGAACGGGUAAAACUAAGAUUGCACAUGAAAGAAUCACGUCUGAAUCUCUCGACUUUGAAGCAUAGUUCGAGCAAUGUUACUUUUGAUGGUCCCGACUCCGUGAAUGGGAACGAGAACAGCACCGAUGGAGACGGAGAAAGUGGGGGAUCGCCCGAUGCCCCAUCAGGCGAAGCCGCAUCUAAAACUGCCGAAGCUGCUCCCUCGGACAAUGCCAAUGACAGCGGCGCCGGCGCUGGCGCCAAACUGACCCUCAAAGACCUGGAGAACCGAAAGAGUUUCGACGACUCGAACCUCGGUGACGGGCCCACAAUGGUGACACAAAUCAAGCCUGUGAAGAAGGUGGCUAGGAGUAUAUCGGAACAGACAACGGGCGACACAGCUCCGGAAGAGACGGUCGAGACUCUUGAUGCCGAGGACGAGGUGUACAUUCGGGACGCGUACCUCGUGUUUCGGUCCUUCUGCAAUUUAUCAACAAAGAUUCUGCCUCCCGAUCAAUUAUACGACAUUCGCGGCCAGCCCAUGCGCUCCAAGUUAAUAUCUCUUCACCUUAUUCGUUCGCUGCUAAACAACCACAUCCUCGUCUUCACUUCCCCCUUAUGUACAAUUACCAACACCAAAAGUAAUGAGCCUACGAGCUUUCUCCAGGCCAUCAAAUUCUAUCUGUGUCUUAGCAUUACGAGGAAUGGGGCGAGCUCGGUAGACCGCGUCUUUGAAGUCUGCUGCGAGAUUUUCUGGUUGAUGUUGAAGUUCAUGCGAGCACCGUUUAAGAAGGAGAUCGAGGUCUUCCUUAAUGAGGUAUAUCUCGCUCUUUUAGCCAGGCGCACAGCGCCUUUGUCCCAGAAGCUGUACUUUGUCAACAUACUGAAUCGCUACUGUAACGAUCACCGUGGCUUGGUCGAGACGUAUCUCAACUAUGACUGCGACGGAAAUGUUGCCAACAUCUUCCAAACCAUCAUUGAGGACCUGUCUAAAUUAGCCUCCGCUCCGGUCCACGUAACUUCAGCCCAGGAACAGUUGUAUGAAGAAAAGAUUGUCAACCCUAGCCAUACUUCUGAGUGGCAGCUGAAAGGAAUGCUACCGCCACCUCUCACUGUUGUGCACAUAGUCCCUCCCAACGAGUCCGAGUCCGAGAUCCCAAAGGAAUACGUUAUCAAAAGGGCAGCACUGGACUCCCUGGUUGAUGCGUUACGGUCGCUGGUGAACUGGUCUACGGUUGGACGACCGGAAGCCACAGGUGGACCCGAAGGCGAAACACGGGGGUCCCUGGAAGAUAUGCGGGAAUCGAUAGACCCCUCGGUCAGCGAUAGUGUGUCCCGUAUGGAGACCCCAUUACCUCCAUCCACUCCUGUCAUUGAAGAUGAUCCCGCUCAAUUGGAAAGAGAGAAAGCGAGGAAAACGGCCUUGACCAAUGCUAUUCGAGCCUUCAAUGAGAAACCCAAGAAGGGCAUAAAGCUUCUGCUCAAGGAGGGCUUCAUCCCCAGCGACAGCCCAGAGGAUAUUGCCAGGUUUUUGGUCUCCAAUGACCGACUCGACAAGGCGCAGAUCGGCGAGUAUCUGGGCGAGGGUGAUCCCAAGAACAUCGAGAUCAUGCACGCAUUUGUCGACACGAUGGACUUCACCAAGAGGCGCUUCGUCGAUUCUUUGCGCCAAUUCCUCCAGUCUUUCCGACUACCAGGCGAAGCUCAAAAGAUUGAUCGAUACAUGUUGAAGUUUGCCAACCGCUACGUCAUGGGCAAUCCCAACGCGUUUGCCAAUGCGGACACAGCAUACGUGUUGUCCUACUCGGUUAUCUUGCUGAACACGGACUUGCAUAGCAGCAAUAUUGUAAGACGCAUGACAAAGGAGGACUUCAUCAAGAACAAUAGGGGUAUCAACGACAACGCGAAUUUGCCCGACGAUUACCUCGUCGCGAUAUACGAUGAGAUUGCUUCAAACGAGAUUGUUCUCAAGAGCGAGCGCGAGGCUGCUGCCGCCGCUGGAAUCGUUCCCGGCCAGCCUUCAUACAGCGGAUUUGCUGCGGGUCUUGGACAAGCCUUCUCCAACGUGGGCCGCGAUCUGCAGAGAGAAGCGUAUGUGCAGCAGUCCGAAGAGAUUGCCUUGCGUUCUGAGCAACUGUUCAAGAACUUGUUCAGGAAUCAACGGCGCAAUGCUGCGAAGGCCGGUAUCAAGUUCAUUCCCGCCACCUCUUUCAGACACGUUGGGCCCAUGUUCGAUGUAACAUGGAUGUCCUUCUUCUCAGCUUUGUCGGGUCAGAUGCAGAAGGCACAGAACUUGGAGGUCAACCGAAUGUGCCUGGAGGGCAUGAAACAAGCGACUAGGAUCGCCUGCCUGUUUGAUCUCUCAACCGCGAGAGAAGCCUUCAUGACGGCGUUGAAGAACGCUACCAAUCUCAACAACCCUCAAGAGGUUUUGGCCAAGAACGUCGAAGCACUCAGAGUGAUCCUUGAUCUAGGCCAAACCGAGGGCAACUACUUGAGAGAAUCGUGGAAGGACGUGCUUAUGUGCAUCAGUCAGCUUGAUCGACUGCAGCUGAUUUCUGGCGGAGUUGAUGAAGGAGCCGUGCCUGACGUAUCCAAAGCUCGUUUCAUGCCACUGGAAAGAACGACCACGAACGAAUCGCGUAAAUCGACAGCUUCAUCACGGCGUCGAACUCGGGCCAACACAGGACCUAAAGGUUUCUCCAUGGAAAUCGCGCUCGAGAGCCGAUCUGACGAAGUUAUCAAGAGUGUUGACCGGAUAUUCAGCAACACGGCCAAUCUCAAUGGUGAAGCGAUCGUUCACUUUGCCAAGGCUCUCACCGAGGUAAGUUGGGACGAGAUCAAGGUUUCCGGUUCCAACGACUCGCCGCGUACGUAUAGCUUGCAGAAAAUAGUCGAGAUCAGCUACUACAACAUGACACGAGUGCGCUUCGAGUGGACGAACAUCUGGGCCGUUCUCGGCCAACAUUUCAACAAAGUCGGCUGCCACAUCAACACUGCCAUCGUUUACUUCGCCCUCGACUCCUUGAGACAGCUAUCCAUGCGUUUCAUGGAGAUUGAGGAGUUGCCUGGUUUCAAGUUUCAAAAAGACUUCCUUAAGCCAUUCGAGCAUGUGAUGGCCAACUCCAGCAACGUGACUGUCAAGGACAUGGCUCUCCGCUGUCUGAUCCAGAUGAUUCAAGCACGAGGCGAAAAUAUCCGCUCCGGAUGGAGGACAAUGUUUGGCGUGUUUACGGUCGCUGCGAGAGACCCUCACGAGACGAUCGUCACCCUAGCUUACGAGAACGUGACCUUGGUGUACCGGACACGUUUCGGUGUAGUCAUCUCACAAGGCGCCUUCACGGACCUGAUCGUCUGCCUGACCGAAUUUUCCAAGAACAUCAACUUCCAGAAGAAGAGUCUACAGGCUAUGGAGACACUCAAAUCAAUCAUACCUCGCAUGCUCAAGACGCCUGAAUGCCCUCUAUCACAAAAGCAUCAUUUGACACCAUCUUCAGAUGGCACCAACUUGAAAUCGCCGGAUGCCCUGUCGAGACAACAGAGUGGGACAUCGGUCGAGGAGGGAUUUUGGUUCCCGAUUUUGUUUGCCUUCCACGAUGUGUUGAUGACGGGUGAGGAUCUCGAGGUCCGGUCCAACGCACUAAACUACUUCUUUGAGGCCUUGCUGAAGUACGGUGGUGACUUCCCACCCGAUUUCUGGGACAUUUUAUGGAGGCAGCAACUUUACCCCAUUUUCAUGGUGUUACGAUCGCGGCCAGAAAUGUCCAAUGCCCUCAACCAUGAGGAGUUGUCUGUUUGGCUCUCCACGACCAUGAUCCAAGCCCUGCGCAACAUGAUCAUUCUCUUCACACACUACUUCAACGCACUCGAGUAUAUGCUCGAUCGUUUCCUUGAGUUACUUGCUCUAUGCAUAUGCCAGGAAAAUGACACGAUCGCAAGGAUAGGUAGUAAUUGCUUGCAACAGCUCAUCCUCCAGAACGUUACCAAAUUCAACGCUGGGCACUGGUCCAAGAUUGUUGGCGCAUUCUGUGAGCUGUUUGAGAGGACCACAGCCUAUCAGCUAUUCUCAGCCACGACGAUCAACGCUCCGGCUUCUCUCUCGCCAACAUCGAACGGCCUGGGAUUCGAUAUCCCGCUGAGCCCCACAAGUGAGACACCGGCCGAUGAGAGAUCGCUGAAGAUCAACGGGACAAAGAAGAACGGUCUCCCGUCGGAGUUUGGCUCUGGCUCCGAGACAACACUCAAUUCCGGUGACGAAGACAACCUCGAUACGCCAACCGCUACCUCGGCCACGACGCCGUUGGAAGAUUACAAACCUUCUUCGUCUUUGCAACAGCAGCCGGUGGUAGUAACUGCCGCUCGCCGUCGCUUCUUCAACCGCAUCAUCUCACGAUGCGUGCUGCAGCUUUUGAUGAUUGAGACAGUCAACGAGCUCUUCUCUAAUGACACGGUUUAUUCCCAGAUACCAUCUGCGGAAUUGCUGCGUCUGAUGGCUUUGCUGAAGAAGUCGUUCUUGUUUGCACGACGAUUCAAUAACGACAAGGAACUUCGCAUGCGGCUUUGGCGUGAAGGGUUUAUGAAACAACCCCCGAAUCUCCUUAAGCAAGAGAGCGGUUCAGCUGCCACAUACAUCCAAAUCCUGUUCCGUAUGUUUGCCGACACAUCGCCAUCACGCGCUGAGAGCCGGCCUGAAGUGGAGAAGGCUCUUGUGCCUCUUUGCAAGGAUGUCAUAAAGGGGUACCUUGCACUCGAGGAGGAGUCGCAACAACGCAACAUCGUGGCCUGGCGACCAGUGGUGGUCGAUGUACUCGAGGGAUACUCGACAUGGCCGGAUAAGGAGUUCGAGGAGCAUCUUAGAGCUUUCUACCCACUUGUCGUCGAGCUGCUUGGCAAGGAGGUCAGCGCAGAUCUACGCGGUGCGCUGCUGGCGGUACUGCGCAGAGUUGGUGAGGUGGCACUCGGCAUCGAUGGCCUAAUGGGCGGACGUAGAGAGAGCAUUGUUAAUGUCAGCACCGUCGUCGCCGAAGCACCAGCCGAGGAAGAAGGGGAGGUUAGUACGAGGAGCAUGAGAGGCUGA